CGGAAGUGCCGAUCCCGGAAGUGUCCUGUGUGUUGGACUCCCAACCGGAGAGGAAGCGACGUGGAUAGAAGUGACAGACUGCGAUGGCUCUGUCCCCAUAACUCGCCAUCUCGGUGGCUAAUAGGAGUUAGUGAGCCCUCGGCCCCUCUGAGACAGCCCAGGAGUUAGUGAGCGGCCAGCUGGCAGUAAUGGGGUCCUUGUUCCGGAGUGAGGCCAUGUGUCUGGCCCAGCUCUUCCUACAAUCUGGAUCGGCUUAUGACUGUGUCAGCGAGCUCGGGGAGAUAGGACUGGCCGAAUUCAGGGAUGUAAGUAUUGGUCUGUCUGUCCGGGAGCAGGGACAGCAAUCCAUCCCCAGGGACAGACAGCCACCCAAACAUCCAUCCCCAGGGACAGACAGCCACCCAAACAUCCAUCCCCAGGGACAGACAGCCACCCAAACAUCCAUCCCCAGGGACAGACAGCCACCCAAACAUCCAUCCCCAGGGACAGACAGCCACCCAAACAUCCAUCCCCAGGGACAGACAGCCACCCAAACAUCCAUCCCCAGGGACAGACAGACAUCCAUCCCCAGGGACAGACAGCCACCCAAACAUCCAUCCCCAGGGACAGACAGCCACCCAAACAUCCAUCCCCAGGGACAGACAGCCACCCAAACAUCCAUCCCCAGGGACAGACAGCCACCCAAACAUCCAUCCCCAGGGACAGACAGCCACCCAAACAUCCAUCCCCAGGGACAGACAGCCACCCAAACAUCCAUCCCCAGGGACAGACAGCCACCCAAACAUCCAUCCCCAGGGACAGACAGACAUCCAUCCCCAGGGACAGACAGCCACCCAAACAUCCAUCCCAAUGGACAGCCAUCCAUACAUCCCCAGGGAGAGCUACCCACACAUCACCAUGGGCAGCCAAUCACCCAUACAUCCAUCCCCAGUGACACCCACCCACUCAUACAUCCAUCACCAGGGACAGCCAGCCAUCCAUACAAACCCCAGGGAGAGCUACCCACACAUCACCAUGGGCAGCCAAUCACCCAUACAUCCAUCCCCAGUGACACCCACCCACUCAUACAUCCAUCACCAGGGACAGCCAGCCAUCCAUACAAACCCCAGGGAGAGCUACCCACACAUCACCAUGGGCAGCCAGUCAUCCAUAUAUCCAUCCCCAGGGACAGCCAUCCACCCAUCACCAGGGGCAGUAAUUUAUCCAUCCCGAGGGAUAGCCACCCAGUCAUCAUCAUCAGGGGCAGCAAGCCACCCACCCGACCCCAGGGGCAGCCACCUUCCACAACCUGUACCUGACAGCUCACACUUACCUUGUUAGACAAGCUUGGCAGCUCUUGUGGCAGAGAUGAUGUCUGUUUUAUACACUUGUAAGCAAUAGUGUACUUAUGCUAAAUGUGUUGACGAUUACAUCAUGAAUAAAGUGCUUAUUUAUAGAUUACAUCUAUACUGCUGCCUUGCUACAGACGUCUACUGAUGCAUUAUAUCAUUGGACAGUCUGCCAGAUCUAUCUUGUUUUCAAGGAUUUCUAUUGCAUUUUCAUCUUGAUGGACAACAUAUGAAAACUUCUGCUCAGAAUUAUGGUUACAUUAUGUGCUGCAUAAGGGACAUCAGCUAAUACAUCUUGCUCAUCAUUUUCAUGAUGUAAGGCAGCGCCAAUCAUUUGCAGCCCAUCAAUGCAUGAUGUGUGUCCAGAAUACUGGAUGGGUCUAUCAAAAGCUGGAUCUGACUACAAACAGUAUAAAAAAGGUUUAUGUUCACAGGCACAUAUGUAAUUCUGUAAUUGUAAGUAGCAACAAUGUAUUUAAUUAUGUCCCCCCCCCAUCCAAAACCAGUUUGUGAAAUGAGUGGCCUUUGGAGAAGAGGACCUUUUUUCCACAGCCCAUAAUUUCUAUGGUUGUCCAAUCACAGACUUCCCAAUGCAGCUCAAUGAGAAGUCUUUGCUAUGUGCUCUGGGUAAUUGCUGCCUCUUAAGUUUAGAUCCACUGAGCUAAACAAACAGGAAGCAACAGGAACCGUUGUCAGAGGGUGCGAUAAGAUUUAUAAAAAAAUGUAUAAAAGUACAAAUUUCUAUUAAAAUUGGCUCUUUUUGUAAAAUAGAAAAGAGGACAAUCUUAACACAUAAACCAAUUCAGCUUGUUAAAGUACUUUAGAUGUGUGGAGUGUCCCUUUAGACUGUAACUGCUGUUUAUUUAUUUUAUUUUUUUAAUGCAUUUUUGUCAUGUUGCUGUGUGUUACACUAUUGAUUGUGUCAGUUGGGUGAUACACAUAUGUGUUUUAAAUUCCCCUUAAACUAUAUGCAAUUCUUUAAUUAUUGGAUAGUUAAAAUUGUUUAGCAAAUGUUUAAUUUUGUUAUUUUGUUAACAGCUCAAUCCCCAUGUAAGUGCAUUUCAGAGAAAAUAUGUUGGUGAAAUGAAGAAAUGUGAAGAGUUGGAGAGAAUAUUGGGUAUGUGGAUGGUGAGACAAUGUGCUUGUUUGUGGUGUGUUUUGAAGAAAGUCUUUAAAAAAAAAAAAAAAACAGCUGUCGUGUUUCUUUUUUUUUUUUUAUGUUGCAUUGUGUACUAGUUUGAGUUAAAUCGUUGGCAUAUAAAAGCCACUAAAACAUAAUUUUUGUAAAAAAUAUUUAAGGAACAAUUUAGUUAUAGGGAAUACAAAGAUGUAUUUCUAACACUGAAAUGUGCCCCACCCCUGUGCUAAUGUAAAGAGUUAAGACACCUGAUUCCAGCACCGAUAUCCCUCAGCAUUUGGUCGGCUCCUUUUCUGCCUUCAUCAGCCGAUGGGGGUGACCUAAUGCACAAGAAACGCAUUCCUAUGGGGAUUUGCUUGACGCUGGAUGUCUUCAUACAAAGCCACUAAAGGCAGUCUUGGCUCGGCAAAGUAAACAUUUCAAUUUCUCAGGGGCAAGGGGGACAGGGAUACUGCACCCAGAUCAGAUGAAGUGGUCUGAGUGCCUAUAGUUAGGGCUACCAUGUCCACCAUUUUUUCAGGGAUACAUAUAAUUAUGGGAAAAUGCAUUGAAAGGGUUGCCCUACCUUAUAUAUAAUGCAUGUCCGGCAGAAUAUUUAAUUACCUUCUUCCAUAUUCUACAUAAUACAAGGCAACCGUUUUCCUGUACUGCCUAUUAAUUUGUGUAUAAAAAUGUGUCCCUGAAGACAUGGUGGAUAUAGUAAUCCUACCGAAAGUGCCCAUUUAAAUUAAAUCUUUUCAGACUUCCAUGCUUUCUAAACAGGGUUAUUUACUAAAGUGAAUUUCAAAUUCAAGGUCAUAUCAGACUUAGCUGAGAAUUUUUUCAGUUUGGCUAUUUUGAAUUUGAAAUUCUCUUUGAAUUCUCACCUUGGUAAAUAACUCUGAAAGUCUUUUUUUUUUUUAUGAUUCCCCUAUUUCAAAAUGUUAGAACAAGAAAAUGAGGCUACAUUGACUUUAGUAUACUGGAGUUUGUGGAGGGGGAUUACAUAGAUGUCUGUGGCCAAACACCAAAUAAUUUUAAUUGUAAAUAGUUUUGCAAAUUCCACAUGAAUUUACAUGUUAUGCCAUAGAAUAAGUGAGCACCAACUAAUGCAUUAGAUGUUCAGAUUAAAAUAUAAUAUUUGUUAGGGUUUGUUUUCAUUUGUGUGUCUUGAUGUCCCCUCAGUCCGUCCUCCCUUCAUCUCUGGAUGUGGGAGUGACGUCAGCCAAGGAGGACCGGGCUGAGGGGAGAACUUGAACUUGGCGAUGGAACUGAGGUAAGUUUUAGCACUCCAUUCAUUUUUUUAAGUUUACUUUUUAAAAGUUUUUAGAGUGUGAGGGUGGACCACCUCUGAAAGAGUUUCUCCAAACAUAGGCAAUUUUCGGCACUCCAGGUGUUUUGGACUACACCUCCCAUGAUGCUUUGCUAGCAUUAUGGGUGUAAGAGCAUUAUGAGGGAUGUAGUCCACAACAUCUGGGGUGCCGAAGGUUGCCUACCCCUAUAUAGUCUUACACACUCCAAUAUUUACUUACCAAUAUAUUAUAUUUUUUUAUUUUGUGUUAUAAUGCAAGCUGACAUUUUCUAGCAUUUUAGAUAACACUUUAUUGCCAACCCCAAGGUACUCUUUGAAUACAAUAUAUUUUGGGUUCAAUAACAAAAUUCUUUUUCCGAACAUUGAAUUGAUGAAAAUCACAAGACUUCUCAUAUUCUCUGAAUUAAACCCCUGACUUGCAUUAUACAAUCAGUUAAAUUUCAUGUGGCAAACUCAAGGAAGCAUUGAUGAAAUCCCUAUUCACAGUACAAGCAAUUCAUACAGUGUUCCUUUUAAUUAAGCUUUUGCACGCAAGAUGUACGUUGAGCUUAUUAAAACAGAUGCUAUGUAGAUGGACAAAACAGACGUUUAGGCUACAAGAGUAUCUUCCUUAAAAUAAUUGAUUCCUUAUUUUAAAUCCUUAAGAUUUAUUACUGCUUUCUAAAUGAAUCCUUCCUUACAUACAUUUUAAUCAUCUCUAAAUUCUUUAAUGUUUUGCCUUACACAGUCUUGUUCUGCUUAUUCACUAUAUAAACCUAUAAAUUGUUUAUUUUUAUAUAAUAAAUACUAAUAUUUAUUAUUGACUUAUUUUAAACGUAAACAUUAUACAUUAUUGAACAAAAAUAAAUGUUUGUAUAUGAACAUUUACACCUGUUAAAUAUUUUAUAAGAAAUGUAAUUUAUUUUUUUUUGUCCCCCAAGAUACAAAAUGGGAAAUAUUGAACUUGGGGAAGACUGGACUCUCUCUUAGAAAUAAAUGCCAUGAUUGCACUUCUUAAUUUGUUCAUCUUUAACAGGAUAGCCAUGGUACUGCGUAUAGUUUCAAAAGUGUGAGUUUGUAUGUAUGAUUUGCAUAACAAAGUACUUGAUAAAUUGAAGAACGGUAACGGUUCAAAUAUAUUUGGCAUUGUUUUAACAGUAUUGAAAGUUGAGUUCUUAUUCAUACUGUAGUAAUCAAAUAGAAUAACUGUGCCUUUGUUAAUUGCCCUAAUUUUAUAAUUGCAGAUUAUCUGGUAAAAGAAAUGCGGAAAUCAGACAUUCAUGUUUCUGAUGGAGUAUCUUUGCCUGCAGCUCCUCUACCUAAACAUGUGUUAGAAAUACAGGUGAUGUCUUCUUUGCAUCUUUUAUUCCUUGUGUGUAAAAUGGAUAUCUCUAAACUUGUAUACUUGAAAGUCAAAUGACUCUCCCAGUCUGACCAAAGGUGACCAUUCUAUCCCUUUGCAGACUUUGCUGUCAUACAUACCUGUGCCAACAAACUCCUUCCUCUUUGAGCAGAUCAUGUUUUCGGUGCCUGUGUCAGACACUGUUAUUGUGGCUGAUUUCUAUGUAAUACUUUCCUAGAUGUUUGUCCGCUAAGAUAUUAAGCUCCUGUGAGAUCUCUACUUUGGCAUUGUGUCAUAUUGGCUAUGAAAUGAUACAUUUUUAUGGUUAUUUGAAGCUGUAGAUUUUGCUUCACUUAAUUCACAGCUCCUUGUCCCAAUAACAGUGACUGAACAAUAUAUUAAUAAUAAAAUGUAUAUCAGAUUUGAUUCUGUAAAUUUCAAACCGUUCUCAUUGUUUGAAACUAUCUGAUGCUAACUGACUUAAGUGUCUGUCUUUGCGUUUUUUUUUUUUUCUUCUUUUUUCAAAUGAGUAGCACCACCAGUAGCCAACCUUUUAGUUAGGUAUUUGGUUUUGCAAAAAUCUUUAAAGUAACAGUGCCUUUUUAAGUAAGAACUCAAAACAAACUUUGCUUGUAAUGGAGUCCUAUAAAGCCAGACUGAUAUUUUCACACAGCGUAUAAGAUUUGGUCACACUCUUUUGGAAUGCCUCUAUAAAAAUACAAAGAUGUCCUUCAUCAUGUCCUCAAAGUGUCACGUGGAAUAAAACGUGUAGCAGCAAACAAAUGGAGUCUAUAUUUAAGCCCUUGCGUUACUUGAUUGUCCUAACUUUUUAUUGGUUGCUGUUUUAAAGUAAAUAUGUUAUGCGAGGUGUGUAAUAAAAAAAUAGCCAUCAAAUCGCACAUUAAACAUUUCAUGGGGCACAGACAGAUGGUGUUCGUAAAAUAUUGAGUGUUAUUUGACUUUGGAUAUUGAAGGAGUUGCAUUAGAGGAUGCAGGGAACACUAGGUUGUAGAGAGAUUUGUAAGCAAACCAAAGAAUUAGAAAAUUAAAACCAUGGCAAAUUAAAAAUGAGUACAUGUACUAGUUACAUGACUGCUGAAGGUCAGCAACUGUAGCUGCAGUUUGGCACUCACAGCUGUGGGCCAGCCGAUCCUACCAUUGAUGCUACUGAUUGGACUUGGCUUGCCUUCGGUGCACUUAUCUAGCCUGGUCAUCUUAAAGGUACAAUCCUGGCAACCAACCACUACUUGGACAUGUAUGAUAUUAAUUCAUAUGAUGUUGGAAAUGUAAAGUUGGGCUUUGGUUGUAUUAUUAUUAUUUAUAUAGUGCCAGCAAAUUCUGUAGCGCUGUACAAUGGGUGGACUAACAGACACGUAAUUGUAAUCAGAAAAUGGACCCACAGGAACAGAGGGGUUGAGGGCUCUGCUGGUUCGAAAAUAAUGUAAAAAUUAAAGUAUUCCCAAAUUCUUGACCCAUGCACCAAUCUCCACUCUUAGCAUUAUAUCCCUGCAAAUUUCCAGUCAAACCUGGGCAGACAAAUGCACAACACAUAAAUCACAUAUAAUAUGUAAUGGGGAACUACAGCAACUGUACUCUUUAGACUACAGAUUUUUAUUUCUAUACCUCCUCCUUAAGAGCCUAGUACACCAAUAAGUGUAUCUGGAACCUGAGGUGGUAACAGGCUUUUUACAAACAUACCUGAAGGUUCUGAAGUUCUGUUAAUCCGCCCAAUUAAACCUAAUCUUUUGUCACUGUGUUACCACCUGAAUCGGUACCAUUGUUUCGCAUCCUAUCCACAUCUGACAAAAUGGACAAAAAAUAAACUGGCAUUAAUAUAGAUACAUCAGAAUGGAUGCAUACAGUGAAUGCCCUGAAAGGUAUUACAGCAUGUUAUAAUCGCAUUGAGGUCGCUCAGCAAUAGCUACACUUAUUCAUAUCCAGUUAGAGUGCCUAUGGUUGCUGUCCUUUUGGUCGCAAGUUUUCAACCUCAUACGUUGGUUGUGUACCUGCUAAAUCCUCAAAACACAACAAGCAGCAUUUUGACUCUUGUUCCCAGGGGUUGUUCCUGUGAAUAUCAGAGUUUUGGCUUCACAUAUCCUCCUUGCUGCUAGACCUCUUAUUGCUCUCCAUUGUAAAAGUGCUGGAUCUGUUCAGCAGAAUUCACCUUAACUAUAGGUAUGUGGGCACCAUGGGUACACUUUUGGAAGAUGGAAUGUGGGCCAAAUGCACUGUUACCUUUUGACCUCACUGGAUCCUAGCAAAGUAUUUGUCUAGGAAAAAAAUAAAAUAAUUUUGGGCAGGUAAAACCAUGGGAUAUAAACAUAGAAAGUGACGGCAGAUAAGAACCAUUCGGCCCAUCUAGCCUGCCCAAUUUUCUAAAUACUUUCAUUAGACCCGGGCCUUAUCUUAUAGUUAGGAUAGCCUUGUGCCUAUCCCACGCAUGCUUAAACUUCUUUAAUGUGUUAACCUUUACCACUUCAGCUGGAAGGCUAUUCCAUGCAUCCAAUACCCUCUCAGUAAAGUAAUACUUCCUGAUAUUAUUUUUAAACCUUUGCCCCUCUAAUUUAAGACUGUCCUCUUGUUGUGGUAGUUUUUCUUCUUUUCAAUAUGGUCUCCUCCUUUACUGUGUUGAUUCCCUUUAUGUAUUUAAAUGUUUCUAUCAUAUCCCCCCGUCUCGCCUUUCCUCCAAACCAUACAUGUUAAGAUCCUUUAACCUUUCCUGGUAAGUUUUAUACUGCAAUCCAUGAACUAGUUUAGUAGCCCUUCUCUGAACGCUCUCUAAAGUAUCAAUAUCCUUCUGGAGAUACGGUCUCCAGUACUGCGUACAAUACUCCAAGUGAGGUCUCACCAGUGUUCUGUGCAGUGGCAUGAGCACUUCCCUCUUUCUACUGCUAAUACCUCUCCCUAUACAACCAAGCAUUCUGCUAGCAUUUCCUGCUGCUCUAUUACAUUGUCUGCCUACCUUUAAGUCAUCAGAAAUAAUCCCCCCUAAAUCCCUUUCCUCAUAUGUUGAGGUUAGGACUCUAUCAAAUAUUCUGUACUCUGCCCUUGGGUUUUUACGCCCAAGAUGCAUUUAUCCACAUUAAAUGUCAGUUGCCACAACUCUGACCAUUUUUCUAGUUUACCUAAUUCAUUUGCUAUUUGGCUUAUCCCUCCUGGAACAUCAACCCUGUUACAGAUCUUAGUAUCAUCAGCAAAAAGACAUACCUUACCAUCAGGUACCCCACUGGUGACAAGCCCAAGCUUCGAAUAUACUCCAUUGACAACAACCCUCUGUUGCCUGUCACUCAGCCACAGGGAUAUAGUACAAUCUUGUUAUGGUCUCCCAUGAUUGGAAUCCGUGACAGUCUUGGAAUGGAAUCUGUAUGACCUUAAAUAGAGGACAAUUGUUUUUCUAAUUGCAUAUGCUGACAUCAGGUGAUGUGCAUGUUGUGAACUGUGGUAAAAAAAAAAUGUUUUUCUGACCCACCUGCCUUUUGCUUUCUAUAUCUCUUUUUUUUAUAUAUUUUUUUUUUCAAUAAAGUACAAUUAAUAAAAAUAAUUGCAAUAUAGUUGAAUUUUUUUAUUUUUUUUUUAAUACCAGAUUUCUUGUAAUAAAAUGCUUUUGGAAAUAUAUGAAGACCAUUUAGUAUUUAAGGGACACAUUAUAGUACAAAUGUCAUUCAACAUGAAAUAUGGAUUAGUUUUGGUAAAUUCAAGUUUGGUAAUCCAAGAUAUUGGAACUUCUGUUUCCAGAGAUAGCAUGCAUUUAUUCACAGCAAAAAUGUAAUAAAAUAAAAAUACAAAGUGCAGAAAAAGACCUUAAUCCCAUUUUUAAUCUGCAAAUCUUUAUAUACACAAAAUGAACAUAAGUUCAAAUAAAAGUGAUUUAACAUAUUCAACUGGACAUAGUUCACAUUGCAAAAAUGUCAUGAUUCAUAUGUGUUUCUAAUUGUAUAUGAUAAAAUCAGUUCUAAUCUAAUCUGAAAUGUCUUUGUAAAUAUGAAAUCUCCAACUGGUUGCGAGUAUUAAAGAGAUAUCAACCAGCAACAAUAUGUCUUUACAUUUAAAAAAGCAUGAUUUCAGUCAAGUCUUGCUUAAAAGUAAAUUACAUUUAACUUUAUUUUAAAUCAAAUCCAUCCUGCUAUCUGUCUAAUCUCAGGAACUCAUGUUUUGUUUAAUUGUGUAUUUUUAGGAACAGUUACAAAAACUGGAAGCAGAACUGAGAGAAGUGAAUAAAAACAAAGAAAAACUGCGUCGAAACCUCCUGGAGCUCACGGAGUAUACCUACAUGCUGCGAGUGACCCAGAACUUUGUGCAGAGGUCGACUGAGGUACUGUUUUGUUCCUGAGAAAAUCUAAAGAGAUAGAUAUAGAUAGAUAGAUAGAUAUAUAUUGUUAUUUCUAGUUAAUGAACUGGGUUCGGAUGGAUUAGAGUCUCAAGGAUCUCAAACUAUUUAAAGCAACUCUGUCCUUGUCUAGGGUCUUUGCAUAAUUUGCAAACAUCCUUAAAUUUGACUCCUCUGCUUGGUAGGCAUGGGCCGAAACCGAAAAUUCAGGAUGCCCUUAGUCGAAAAAUUACUUUUUUUUUUUUUUUUUUUCUCCAAAUUAUUUUUAUAUAUAUUUCCCUUCAAACUUUGAUGAAAGAUUAUAUUAAAAAUCAUUUUGAGGUGACAUGCUUUAACCCCUUAAGGACACAUGACAUGUGUGAGAUGUCAUGAUUCCCUUUUAUUCCAGAAGUUUGGUCCUUAAGGGAUUAAAGGAAUACUAUAGUGUUAGGAACAAAAAAUUUAUUCCUAAAGCAAUCGUGUCCUAGUCACUGUUUAGGUGACUAGGCCAGUGCUGCCAAGGUUUAUAAAAAAAAAAAAAAAAAAAUUAUUAUAUUUGCCUUUUCUCCCUCAGAGCAACGGUGUCUACUCAGACACGAUCUGAUUAAAAUAGCGGAGUUUUACUCAGAUCGUGUCUAGUGCCUGCCAUACUGACAAUUACUAGAGACCGGUUAACAAUGAACUGUUACUUAUAAUUACAGAAACUUCAAACACUUAAAGUUAUACUAUAGUGCUAGGAAUAUAAAUCUUCCUCUCGUCCCCUGUUGAUAAAAGGCUAAAAAAAAAACUUUCUUUACUCACCCGAUUUCAGCACUGAUGUCCCUCGGCGCUACCCCUCCUCAGACAGGGGGACGACGACCAAAUGCGCAUUAAGGUCAUCCCCAUAGGAAAGCAUUGUAUCAUUGCUUUCCUAUUGGGAUUUAAGUGACGCUGGGCGUCCUCAUGCAGAGUGUGAGAACAAGCGUGAGUUAGGCAACAUAAAAUCCCUGAAGCACCUCUAGUGGCUGCAUUGUAAACAUGUGACAGGAACACUGCACCCAGACCACUUCAAAGAGCUGGAGUGGUCUAGGUGAACAUAGCGUGCCCUUCACUAUUCCAGAAAUAAUACAGGGGGCAGAGCUACAUCUAUAUGAAGUUGUCACAUUUAUCUGAAUGUAUAAUAAGUGUUUCAUAAAGGUUUUAGAUGCAUGUUCUCAAACUGCAUGAAAAAAAUCAAUAAAAAAAAAGGCAGAGGAAGCCCUUAUACACUCUACCAUGCAGGUCCUGGGCUACCAGCAGCGGGCACUGUCGCAGCAUUGACGCAUUCUGAUUUGGUCGCCCAGUACACAAAACAGCUGUGGGAGGGGAAAAGGGGCAGAGUAACACUCGCCCUGCUACAUGAUUGGCGGCUGAAACAAAGCGCGGGCACAGAGAUCGCCAUACAGUCUGCUGACAAUCAGAAGUAAUCUUUCAUAGUCAGGCUAGCUGCAGGCAGACUGUGAGCUGCCUGACUAGGUUUGCUUAGCGUAGCUUUGCCGGUGAAGGUUCAGGGUGCUGUACUGCUUCCUCGCAUAGUGUGUGUGAAAUCCCAGCCAGCUCUGGUCGGUCACUAGCUCUGUAGUGCAGGAAAGCAUGGAAGCCGUUAUUUUAUUAAUGUAGACAAAAUAUUUGAAAUAGAUAUAUAUAUAUAUAUAUAUAUAUAUAUAUAUAUAUAUAUAUAUAUAUAUAUAUAUAUAUAUAUAUAUAUAUAUAUAUAUAUAUAUAUAUAAUAUACACACACACGUGUGUAAUUUUCGGCCGAAAAUUUCGGUGCAUCCCUAGUGUCCAGUGGCCAUAGGGAACUUGAGUCUUAUUUAUCUUAUUUAUCUGAACCCUUGUGACUGUCACCAUGAUCUUCCUUUUGGUCCUCUUCAGCUGCCAGGAGACCACACCAGUGUUGCACUCUUGCGUAUGCCGAGGUAAAUAGAGGAAUCCUAAAGGCUGGUGAACGCUGGGCUGGAUGAUAUGAGAAAUCUUGACAAAGUUAGCUCAGUCUUUUGUAAGGUUUUAUCAAGUGUAGGAAAAAUACUAAGACAAAGUACAAUCAAAGGGUAAACAAGACCCUUUUAUGCUUCUUUCAACUUUUCUGGACAAUGCUAGCUAAAGUAGCUGCUGGCUACAGCUAGACAGUACAUUAGAUCAUAUAGCAGGGAACAAGUCAAUAAGCACUGUUACCUUUUUGGGAGUAAGGAAACUGUAUAUAAGCAGUAAAGGGAUAGCUGGAAAUUGUCAUUCAUCCAUACACCCAUGCAUUCCACCAUGCACACAUUUUGCUGCCAUUCUUCACAUCAUUUCUGUUGGUAAGAUUGCUUACUUGUGUUAUUUGUCUUUCUGUAAUUUUCACUCACUGCAUAUACAUUUAAUUUUUGUCAUUGUCUCAUUUAUCCUACAAUUGUUAGGAUAUUCGGACACAAAAUUAUUUUAAAGGAUAAUUAAAAGUUAUGAGCUAGAAUAAUUAAGAGUAUGAAAAACAAAACAAAAAAACUUGCAGGUGAAUCUCUGUCCCCUAAAUGCUAUAAGCUAUGAAUGACAUAGUUACAUAGUUUUAUAGCUGAAAAGAGACUUGCAUCCAUCAAGUUCAGCCUUCCUCACAUUUGUUUUUUGCUGUUGAUCCAAAAGAAGGCAAAAAAAACCCAGUUUGAAGCACAAUUUUGCAACAAGCUAGGAAAAAAAAUUCCUUCUUGACCCCAGAAUGGCAGUCAGAUUUAUCCUUGGAUCAAGCAGUUAUUACCCUACAUUGAAAGAUUAUAUCCUUGAAUAUUCUGUUCUUGCAAGUAUGCAUCUAGUAGCUGUUUGAACAUCUGUAUGGACUCUGAUAAAACCACUUCUACAGGCAGAGAAUUCCACAUCCUGUUUGUUCUUACAGUAAAAAAACCUUUCCUUUGCCUUAGACGAAAUCUUCUUUCUUCCAGUCUAAACGCAUGACCUCGUGUCCUAUGUACAGUCCAGUUUGUGAAUAGAUUUCCACACAAUGGUUUGUAUUGGCCCCGAAUAUAUUUGUAUAAUGUUAUCAUAUCCCCUCUCAGGCGACGUUUUUCUAACUAAAUAGGUUUAAAUUUGUUAACCUUUCUUCAUAGCUGAUAUGUUCCAUUCCUUUUAUUAAUUUUGUGGCCCGCCUCUGCACUUUUUCUAGUGCCAUAAUAUCCUUCUUUAGAACAGGUGUCCAAAAUUGCACAGCAUAUUCAAUAUGUAGUCUUACCAGUGAUUUAUAAAGAGGCAAAAUGAUAUUCUCGUCCCGAGAAUGAAUGCUCUUUUUCAUGCAUGACAUGACAUCUGUUGGUAACUUCUAUCAUACCUUAAGGGAGUCAUAGUGGCCUAUGACAGUUCCUACUUUGUCUUAGUAUAUGUUUUGAAUGUGUUAGAAUUUCAUUGAAAUUCCAACUUAGUCAAUUGUGAGUAUUUAGAGGUUUUAUCUUUAUCAAUUUAUUUGGUUUAAAAUACUAACCAGUGAAAUUCAUAUGCUGAACUGCUUAAAGGACACUCUCUAAGCUUCAACUUUAGCAUAAUUAAGUGGUUUUGGUGUAUAGGCCAUGCCACUUUAGUCUCACUGCUCAAUUGUCUGCCAUUUAGGAAUUAAAUUGCUUUGUUUAUAGAUAAGAACUUCAAAAGUUCUGCAUAGAAAUAUCUGAUUCAAAAAUCAACUUUUUUGUUUCUUUCUUUGAUGUAGGCUUUGUGAGUUGCAGAAAGUUGAAAUGUUCGGUUUUGUCCAACUCUCUUCCUGACUGCCUAAUGUCAGUUCUGUGCAUAUUCUAUUUCUGUCAUUGAUGUUCACAGCAUGCCGCAACAGAAGUAAUAAUCUUCUCCCUCCAUUCCAUGGACCUCUAAGGCCCCUGGUGAUGUCAGAUGGAGGAGAUCAAAGCAGGGAGUUUCGCCCAAUGUUUUUUGUUUAAGUUUCAUGGAGGGCUCAUUCUAAGCCUGAAGCUCUUGGAGUAAACCUUUAACUCUGAUAUAAAGGAGAAACUACAUAGACAGCUGCAGUAUUCUGCAUCGUGGCUUCAGGGGCCAAGCACAGUAGUUUGAACAAUACUAUUCAUAUAUACAGCUAUUUCCAGCCUUCAGAUUUGUAUUCUAACAAUAUUGUCUUUCUGUAGCAUGAAACGGCUGCACAUAGCAGCUAUGAGGAAUUCCCAGCACUGGAAAAGGAAUCUUUAAUGGAUUAUACUUGCAUGCAGAGGCUUGGAGCUAAACUUGGGUGAGCAAUAUUAAAGAAUUCUUCUGAAUAAAAUCAUCUUCAUAUUGUAAAGCCAGCAAAGCCUACUUGGCAGCUCAGAAUGCUUUAAGAAACUGUCCACAAAAGUAUUUAUGGACUGCACAGUAUUUGGGGAAUUUGUGUUAAAAUGUUUUAUUGUUUCAACAUCCAGUGCAAAAUAAACGUUAUACAUUUCAUAGCAUACAAAAACAUUGCCGUAACAGGCGAUUAUAGAUAAUCAAAAGCAAUGUUGGUUACAUUAGUAGAUCGAAAUUAUGAACUCCUAGCAUACAGGACAAUAGCACUGUAGAGGGUAGAAACAUAGAGUGGCAUACCAACAUAAACCUACUCUUAGGUAACAAAAUGGUAAUUUAGCAUGAUAUGGGUCAAGGGAGGCAUACUUGCCAAAAACGUGGUGCAUUGGUGAGUCAGCUUUAUUUAGUGCAAUAAAUGUUAACUGGUCACAUUUUAAAUAACCCCUAACUAGAUCUAAACAAGUGGAUUAAUUAUAUUUCUUUGCACUUUCAGCAUAUUUGUGAAUGUGUACAUUAUUGGCCAAUAAGCUUUAUCAAACUGAUUUAGUAAACCUUAACAAUCAAUAGCGUAGAAUUGAGUCACUACAAUGAACAUGACCAUAUUGUGCUUGCCAUGACAAUGCAUUAUAACUCAGUAAUAUCAUAGCCUAAGAAGAGAAGAGAGGGGGGGGAAUAAAUUCAAAUGCUGUAUCCAAAAUUAAGAUCCAAUGAACAUCUGCAACUUAGUGCGUGUUUCCAACAAAGAAGUAAUAUGGUAAUCUGCAUUUUUCUUAACAUGUGGUUAUGUACAAAUCGUGUACUCUCUGCGGUUCGUAAAAUAAAAAAAUUGGAGCCCCCCUGAAUGACUAUCCCAGUGUAGCAACAUAAUGCAAAUAAACAGGUGUGAAAGGGCUGUCUGUAUGUCUCAAGCAUUGAGCCCUCCAGGGCUCAGAGCCCCCAUCCAUCCCUUCCAGGUCAAUCCUAGUCCACCAGCUGAACGUUCCUUUCAUGCUGUGGGCACUCGGUGGUCGAUGCCCUUACUUUCUAGGGUGCUGGUAUGUUCUGUGGGUAGAAAAGCAACUGUUUUAGGGGCCAGAGGCCUGAGCGAACCAUGAUCGCUGCCUCCUAGCUCCCGGCCGCACUGCCCCUUAUUUCUGGAAUUUGCUUACUCUGAGGUUAUUCUAAAUGUUUGGGUAUGCAAGUAUUAUAAAUAAAAAUGGGAAAUAUGGUGCAAGUUUUUAAAGAGACACUCAGUGUUCCAUGUCAAUCCCUUCUCCCAGGUGGUUGUAGCUCCAGUUAUAUACAAAAUUGCUGCAGCUAUAAGUUCAUCUCACUCUCAACCCUAUCAUGCUUACUUAUAGGUGCAAUGUAUUCAAAUAAGAUUCUUGUUUGCACUUUCAGCAUAUUUGUGAAUGUGUACAUUAUUGGUGAAGCUCAAGCCCAGUUGGAUACUAUUUAGUUGGUCUGCACCUACCACCUGUUCUUAAUAAAUAACGCAACAGCUGAUAAUAUAGUUGUUUUGGAAUACAUUUUUUUGUAUUGCAGAUUUAUAUCUGGCUUGGUUCACUACGCCAAGCUUGAGUCAUUUGAGAGGAUGCUUUGGAGGGUGUGUAAGGGAUACACUAUCCUCACCUACCAAGAACUAGAUGAGUUUAUAGAAGAUCCAGAGUCUGUGAGUAAUCUACUUUGUUAAUUGCAUACAAGUCUGUUUUCAUAUACAUAUAUUUGCAUAUAGCAUCAUUUUCUCCACAUGGUCCAGUCACCAUUAAGUUGAUGUCUGUUAUUGCCAUAAUCCCUUAUUUUGCUUAUCCAAUAUCCAGGUGUGACCACCAGAUCAAGCAUUAUUUAUAAUAUAAAGCACAGUUUGAACUAGAGUGUGUACACAAUUCCCCCCAAUCGCCCCCAGCCCCCAAUUAUAGCGUUACAUGCUGAAACAAUAUUUUACACUUGAAUUGUAUUUAUUUAUUUUUUGACUUCAUGAAUAAUGGAAUGCAUAAUACAUUAAUUUAAAAUAAAAUGUGUUAUUCUUUUAGGCAAUACAUUAUUUAAUGAUUGCUUUUCUCUAUUAUCAAAUUUACCCGUGAUGUCUUAUUUUUUUUUAUUUUUUUUUUUAUCUACUCCAUGUCUGUCUCUUAACUCAGAAUAUAGAGAUGGCAUGCAUAUACACUUUCCCUUACAUACAAAGUAUUUUUAUUUAUUUUUGUGCGUUUACUGGGAUGCUCAAUUUUGGUAUUGCUCAUUGAUAUCCGUUCCUAAGUGAGCAAUUUCAAUAUUUUAUCUUUUAUGCUGGCAUUACUGCAUUUGUGACUUAUAGUUUUGUCCUCUUAUGUUACAAAAUGAUUUCUUUAUUUAUACAGAAAGAACCAACCAAAUGGGUUGUAUUUUUAGUUUCUUAUUGGGGAGACCAAAUUGGACAGAAAGUGAAAAAAAUUUGUGACUGGUAAGUGUGCAAAGUGUAGGUCUGCUUCUACAUACAUUAAAGGAACUUGCUGAUGUGCUUUAUGUGUCUGGAUUCUGCCAUAUUCAUGAUCAUUUUAUAUAUAAAAAAAAAAAAAAAAUAGAAUAGAAAUUGUCCCUUUUCUAAUUGGGGCAGAAAAACCAAUCAGCCAGGCAGGUUUUCUUCCUCUUCUGUUAGCUCCACAGUAUGCUAGGGUGCACUUGCUCCUUCCCCCUAUUUAAAAGAGGAAAAACUACCGCAACAAGAGGACAUAGUCUUAAAUUAGAGAGGCAAAGGUUUAAAAAUUCCAUCACUAAAAUAUAUCUAGUCAUUUGUGCACAUAUUUUCUACAGUAAUACAUUAUAUAUUUUUUAUGAUGCUGAAGGGAAUUGAUCAAAAGGGUAGGAAAAUUAAAGGGACAGUUUUAUUUGCUGCAAUCUUUGUUCUUUUUCACUCCCUUCUUCCCUGUUUUCCUGUCCUUUUUCCCCUCUUCCCCUCAGUUUCCUUUCCCUUUCCAUUAUCCAAAACUUUUUUUAAAUCUAAUAAAGUGUAAUUCUAUUUAAAGUAAUAUAAAGUAAUAUCUAUUACAAAUACGUUGACGUACAAAAUCAAACUCCGUUCACACAACCAUUUAUACCUGUCCCGGCGUGAGAGUGAAGGUGUUAGUUGGAAGGAGUCUAAGGCAAGUCUGUAACGAGAGGCCAGAGUCUCCAUCUGUCAUUAUAAAACACCAAGUUCUCAAGUGAAUCUCUGAUAGUUAAUCUGUGAGGCUUUUUCAGUCCACUUAGGGAUUGCCUAUGUUCUUUAUUUUCUUGCCAAACACACUUUGGUGACCAUUAAUAUAUGCACAAUUAGAAUUUGUAUUUCUUCUUCCAAUUUGGAGAAAUCUAAAUGGAACAAAAAGAGUUGGGGGAUCAGUUCAAUAUGGGACUGUUAAACUUGUAAGUUCAUUUUCUAACUUGAACUUUAAAGGUAAUAGGCAGGUACAUUCCCACCAUAUAUGCCGUAUAGUUCCAGUUUCCCUCUUGUAUCUCCAACAAAGAUCUCUAAUGUUGGGUUGAAACUUACUUAACCUUUCUGGUGUCAGAUACCAUCUUUGUCAAAUGUUGAGAUAAUUCUCAAACAGUGAAAUACUAUGAAUAGUUUGUUUUGUCAGAUUUAAAGCGGUAACCCAUUCACUGGAUACAAAUUCUGUGCUCAGCUCCCUUUCCCAUUUCAUAAUCCCACAAAGCUUUGUACCCGUUUUGCUCGUAUACAAUAAUUCUCUAAUCUUAGAAGACAAAUUGGAGCAAUUAUCUACAGUAAUACAUUUUUAUUUCUUUGUUUACUGUUAACUUGCCCAACAAUUGUCAGGGAACUAUGUCAUUGCCAAACAAUUUCAUUUUAAAAUAAUGUCAAGUUAGAUACAGCUAUGUGGCUACUGUUUGCUUCUGCUUACAUAUCUGUCUGUAGAGUGGUACAUAUAGCUUCUAAGUGUCCUUGUUUUUGAUAGGUCUGCCAUUGCAAUGUUAGUGUAAGACAAAGUGCAGCUAUAAAACUCAUACUAUAGUGUUAAGCGUUAUAACAAUAUGUGCUAGUAUGUUGGACAAUUUAAUAAUUAUUUCAAUUAUGAUAAAUGUCUAAUAUGGUUAUUAAACGUGCUGGUCAUUCUACCUAUUUAUUGUGUUUGUUACUAUUAUUAGCAAAUGAGUACGUAAAAUUUGUAUUCCUAUAUUUGAUUACCAUCCACAACUCAAACUAAAAUUCUAAUGGAACAAAUGGAUAUGCACACAUCUUGUUUAUCCCUAAAACCUGGCUUAUUGCAUAUUAUCAGGCCACAUACUAGGACAUGUGGGAUGACUUGCUAGACACAUGAAGACCACUGCAUUGAUCCCUAGGUAGAAGCAGUACAUAUUAUUUUUCUUUCUUUCUUUUAAAGCAAUGCAGUGAUUCUGUCCUCUUCUUGUUGAUGUUAGUUCUUAGGCGUCAGGUUGGCUUAACAUAUGAGUUGUGUUCAGUGUAUUCCUUAUCAAAUGAGUUCUAGCACAUUGAGUAUAGGUAAAUGUUUUCAUUUUCAUCUUGCAGUUUUCAUUGUCAUGUGUAUCCAUAUCCAAACUCUGUUGAGGAACGAAAAAAUAUUAUGUCAGGGAUAAACACACGCAUUCAGGACUUGCACACGGUAAGAAAACCUACUCUAACUAACCUUUUAGUGGUCUGUGCACCCAGUCACCCUAUCUGAAUGUGCAUGUUUGAAUAACUAGUUCAGCAGAGCGUUUCUGAGCAUAUAUUCUGAGGCCAGGUUAGCAUAACUAUUUUCUCACAGAUUGCUUCAGUGUGAAGACCUUACAAUGUAUUAAAUGGUUUUGUGGUCAGGAUAUGCUAAUUAGUUUAACCAUUUACAAUUUUUGGUUUUGACAAAUACAAAUCUUUGGUGCAGAGUUCUAUAUUGAAAAUUGUAAGUAUGUGUAGUGGUGCCAAAGAUUGAAGUGCCAUGACAAACUUUACAAAAUCACCAAUUGUAAAGGUUGGAAGUGAUUAAAACAGCUCAAAUGGUAGAUCUUUCUUUCUCUUUAAAAUGAAAAUGAUAUUCAUGUAAUGAUGUGGGUCAAUAUUUGAUCCACCCUACUGGUUGUAGUCCCUGAAUGUAAUUGUCGGACAUACAGUUAACUUAUUCUUUAAAGUUACUACUUGUAAUUCUAUGGUACAAAUAAUGGAGGAGUGUUUUUUUCUUCUAUUUUUAAAAAAUAUUUUUAAUUUUUUUUCUCUCUUCAGCAAGUUACAGUAUAAUAUGCACACAAAAAAAGUCAGUCCCCUUUUGAGACGUUAGAAUGAUUUGAGAUAUGUGAUCUCAGUUGAUUAUAGAACCUGCAACUCAGCUGUUCAUCAUUCUGAGCUUGGUAAUCAGAGAUCCAUUUUAAAAAAACAAAACGGGUAAAACACCUUUUUGAGUCUAUCUGUGAAACAGCAAGUUGUGGAGAUUUAAUAACUAGCUUGCAAAACUGAAGCUACCACAGAGAGAGGUAUAGGUCUCACUUUGAUUCUUAUGUCACCACAACUUGCUCUUUAGGGGAAAAAGUAUAGAUUUCACUCUCUAAGGAAGAAUAGCAGGCAUAUCUUGAGAGAGAGUUACAAAAUAUAUCACAUGUAAAGGACUAGGCAUUCAUUAGGCCGGCUUAAAGGCUUUUUAUUCCAGCACCAAAAACGGCAACAUUUCCGGUCAUAUUAAGUCUAAAUGUUAUUCGCUCUUGUCUGCAUAGCAAUGCUUUGCUAAUUGCUCCUUAUGGGGUCCAUUUCUUCCUAUAUAGAGUAUUUUAUGAUUGUGUUUUUUCCUCUUUGCUGUAGGUUAUAUCUCAGACAGAGGAUUACCUGAAACAGGUUCUGUUUAAGGCAUCAGAAUCCAUAUACAAGUGGGUUGUGCAGGUCAAGAAGAUGAAAGCCAUAUACCACAUUCUAAAUUUAUGCAGUUUUGAUGUUACCAACAAAUGCCUUAUUGCAGAGGUCUGGUGUCCAGUGGAUGAUCUGCCUAGCAUCAGGAAAGGGCUUGAAGAAGGCUCAGUAAGUGAUCAGCGAAGCACAUUAUCUUCAGCUUAGGCUUCUCUUAUCAUUUUAAAGUUUAGGCGACACCCUUUUUGUAUAUUUAGCAGUUCAAGUACCUUACCCUUUAUUUUAGGGUGUUUUUGUGUGGGGUUUUUAAAAUGUAUUUUUAAGUUAAACAGAUUAUUUUUAUGGCAAGUUGUAAACAUGUUAAAACAGCCUGUGGCAUGUACCACAUUAACUUCUAACAUUGUCUUAAUAUGCUUGGUAAACACUAGUCCUUUACCAGAUUGUACAUCAGUUCAUCAAUGUUAUUCUUUCUUCCUAGCGAAAGAGUGGUGCAUCAAUUCCAUCCUUUAUUAACCGAAUCCCCAGCAGUGACACCCCACCGACCUUAAUACGUACCAACAAAUUUACAGCAGGCUUCCAGAACAUUGUGGAUGCAUACGGAGUGGGAGAUUACAGAGAAGUGAACCCAGGUAUGUGCCAUGCUAACAGGUUUUGUAAUUGGAACAUCACUGAUCUGCCUGGUAGUAACCAAAUUGGCUUGUUUUUACAGCUCCGUAUACCAUCAUUACUUUCCCCUUCCUAUUUGCCGUUAUGUUUGGAGACUUUGGCCACGGAUUCCUUAUGUCCCUUUUUGCCUUGUUGAUGGUAUUGUACGAAACCAACCCAAAAUUACAUCGCACACAAAAUGAGGUAAGGCAUUUAGUUAGUGCUCCUCUGUCACAAACUAUCGAGAUAAUGAAUUAUCAGACCGACUUGGUUAACACUUUCCAUCUUUCUUUUACCUCCCCUUCUUUUCUUGCAGAUAGUGAGAAUGUUUUUUGAGGGCCGCUACAUCAUCUUGCUAAUGGGGCUCUUUUCCAUUUACACUGGAUUGAUCUACAAUGACUGUUUUUCCAAGUCGGUGAAUAUCUUUGGCUCCAGCUGGAACGUGUCUGCCAUGUAUCCAGAUGGUUCAAGGUGAGUGUGACCGUGUAAUCGGACAGAGAAAGUUGCAUCUUUACCUCUUGCUAUUACUUUCUCAUUUGCACUAAAGAAAAACUUAAAAAAGAAAAUUACAUCCACCUCAGAAAUAUUUCGCAAAAGUGCUAGAGAUUUGUUUGUGACGAUAUGCGGUGUAUAGCAAAUUUUUACACCACGCGAGAACUGUAUAACGUACUUAUUCAUCAAAGAACAAUAGCAGUAAUCCAUAGUCAUAAGACGGUUUACUAAUUAAAGCUGAAAAAGGCUGAUGGCACAAAAAGUGACAUGUGCAACAUUCUCCCGUAUUGUCUGUUUAUAGUCAAGAGCACCAAAUCCAUACAUGUGGUGUCCUUUUGGUCAGUGCCUGAUGCUAAAACCUUCCUCUGCAGGGUUCAUUCCUUCAGUGUAUAGUACUUUUUGGCAGGGUUAUUCAAUGCAGUGGGAAUUCAAUGUGAGUUUCAAUUUAAGGCAAACGAACAUUAAGCAGCUGAACUGGAAACCAUCUCCAAAUCAGCUGUUAUUUCAGUACAUCUACUCUGCCCUUUAAGGCAUACUAUAGUGUUAGCAAUACAAACCUGUGUAAUUUAUAUUUGACACAGAUUUUUAGUAUAAUCUCCUGUUGCAAAACAAUAGUAAUGUUUUUUCAUUUAGUAUCUCUUUAUUAUAUGUUUUUUGUGUGUACAAAAACGGUUAAAGAAAACUUAGAUACAAUAUAUAUCCAAUAAAACAUACAAUUAUGCAUUUAACAAAUAUAUUACAUUUAACAAUUCCAAAAAUACAGCUCCCACAAAGUGCACAUUAUAUGCUGCCAUCCCAAACAAAAACAGUAGUAAUGUUGGCCGCAUUGUGAUGAUUCUGCUCAUUUAUGUGUUAAUUAAGAUAAGUUCUGAAACUUUUAUUUCUCCUGCUUGGCCUCAUUAAAAUACAUGUGAAAUACAAACAGUGUGGGUGACAAGGUUUAACUUAAGCUUAGGAAAACUCAACCAAAUGAUGCUUGUGCCAUCCCACAGUGAAAUCAUGGGAUGUAGAGGUGCCACUUCUAAUCUACACAGCCUCCUGCUGACGCACUGUGUGUUUGCAUUGUCUGUCAUACAAGUAAAGCCGUUUUAAAAAGAGAAAUAUUAGAAUUUAUAUUGCAAUUUGAUUAGAUGACAUUCUAUACAGUGCCACUUUGUCAUUCUGUUUUAGUGCUUAUUAAAUUAAAACUAUAGUGUCAGGAAUACAAACAUGUUAUAAUUGUUUAGGUUCCUGAUUAAUUGCAGUACAAAGGUGUUUAAAUUUACCCCACCAUGCUGUGCCAGUCUCACCUGACUGACACUGCCUUCGUCAUUUUUAAUGAUAUCAGCCAUUCCAAUACUUUCCCAUAGGAAAGCAUUUGGAGGCUAUUGCGCAUGCACAGCAAAAUACUGCUCUGCGCCAAUCUGCAUAUCCUCAUAGACAUGCCUUGAAUCAAUGUUUCCCUUCGGGGAACAUUGAGCAGAGCGUGUUGACGCGGAAUGUCUGUUCUGCACACUGUGCAGCACUGGAUUAGCAAGCACCUCAAGUGGCCUUCUGAGUGACUGCCACAAGAGGUGUUCCUAGGCAGCAAUGUAAACUCUCGCUUUUCUCUGAAAAGGCAGCAUUUAUAGUGCUCAGCCUGCAAGGGCAGGCUAUAGACACCAAGACCACUAAAUUUAAGCUGUAAUGUUUCUGGUGACUAUAGUGUCCCUUUAAUUUCUCAGACUCUUUUUGAUAAUAAGCGAUUGGCUUAGCAUACUCAACACGUACCCAACUCAUGUUUAUAAAAUAUUUGUGUACAGAAAAUUACAAAAUUAGUUGGUAAAAUGUUUUAAUACCAAGAUUUGUGUUUUGCAGUAUUAAAAAACAUGUAAAUUCUACUUUCCUGGCACUGGAUCCCAAUGUAACAGGAGUAUUGAAAGGCAUUUACCCUUUUGGCAUAGACCCGGUAAGUAAUUUUAUAAAGUGUUACACUUUAGUGUCAUAUACACUGAUCAGCCACAACAUUAAAAUCACCUGCCUAAUAUUGUGUAGGUCCCCCUCAUGCUGCCAAAACAGCACUGAUGCAUCGAGGCAUGGACUACAGAAGACCUCUGAACGUGUCCUGUGGUAUCUGGAACCAAGAUAUCGGCAGCAGAUUUUUUAAGUGCUGCAACGUGGAGUCCAAUGCAACAUCUUGGACUUUUGUCAUGUUCCUCAAACAAUUCCUGAACAAUUUUUUUUGCAGUGUGGCAGGGUGCAUUAUUCUGAUGAAAAGGGCUAUUGCCAUUAAGGGAUGUAUAUAUUCUUCAACAUUCUCUUGGUAGUUGUCAAAGUAACAUCCUUAUGAAUGCCUGCACCCAAAGUGUGCCUGCAAACUUACUAAUCAAUGCAUACCGGGAACACUCUCACAAGACUUGCUGUUUUGGAGAUGCUCUGACCCAGUCAUCCAGCCAUCACUAUUUGUCCCUUGUCAAAGUCACUCAGAUCUCUUGGCUUGCAGAAACAAGCAUGUAAAAAAAACAACUUUAUAUUGGCCAUAUAGCCUUUGUUUAAAAUAUGUACCAGGACAAUGUAUAUAUUUUAUACACUGAUCAGCCACAACAUUACAAACCCUGACAGGUGAAGGGAAAAACAUUGAUUACACUGUUACAAUGGCACCUGUAAUAUAUUACAGUCCUUGGAAUCUGUGUGUUGGAAGCAUGGCAGAUGGGAAAGCAAAAAGAUCUGAGUGACUUUGACAAGAGUCAAAUAGUGAUGGUACGUCGACUUGGUCAGAGCAUCUCCAAAAUGGUUAGUCUUGUAGGGUGUUCCCGGUGUGCAUUGAUUAGUACCUAUCAAAAGUCGUGCAAGGAAGGUCAACUGGGUCAUGAGCUCUCAAAGCUCAUAGAUGCAAGUGGGGAACAGAGGCUAGCCCAUCUAGUGCAAUCACAUAGACUAGCUACUGUAACUCAGAUUGCUGAACCACGUCAUGAUAGGUGUCAGAACACACCGUGCAUCACAGUUGCUGCAUAUGAGGCUGUUUAGUCACAGAGUGGUCAGAGUGCCCAUAAUGACCUCUGUCCACUGCCAAAAGUGCUUCCAGAACUGGACGAUGGAGCAAUGGAAGACGGUUGCCUGGUCUGAUGUACCACGCUUUCUUUUAGGUCAGUUGGAUGGCCUGAUGGGUGUGAUGAUGUUUAUCUGAGGUAGAGAUGGCAGCAGGAUGCACUGAGAAGACAGGCCGACAAACAGUGUUAUGCUUUGGGCAAUGUCCUGUUGGCAAACCUGGAGUCCAUGAUUUAAUGUGGAGUUUAUUUUGAUAUGUACCACCUACCUAGAGAUUGUUGAACACAUACACCUCUUAAUGGCAAUGGUAUUACCUGAUGACAGUGUCCUCUUUCUGCAGAAUAAUGCACACUGCAAAAACUGUUCCGGAAUGGUUUGAGGAACAUGACAAAAAGUUCAAGGUGUUGCCUUGGCCUCCAAAUUUCAUAGAUAUCAUUCUGAUUGUUGGAUGUGCUGGAUAAACAAAUCCGAUCCAUGGAGGCCCCACAUCACAACCUGCAUGAUUUAACAUAUCUGCUGCUAAUGUCUUGGUGCCAGAUACGAUGGGACAAGUUCUGAAGAUUUGUGAAGUCUGUAUAUAAACGCAUCAGAGCUGUUUUGACUGCAUGAGAGAGACCUACAUGAUAUUUGUCAGGUGGUUUUAAUGUGGUGGUUGAUCAGUGUAUAGGUUUCUAUUCAAUAUACUGUAUCUAGAAGUGUUUCUGUAUCUAACUAUUCUCUCUCUCUCUUUUCCCAGAUUUGGAAUUUAGCCACAAAUCGUCUCACAUUUCUAAAUUCGUUUAAAAUGAAGAUGUCCAUCAUUCUUGGAGUGUCACACAUGACAUUUGGCGUAGUUCUGAGCGUCUUUAACUAUUUGUAAGUGUAAAAGUAAUGAAUGGUUUCUGUAGGUGUUGUAUUAUAGUGGCACUGAACACCAUAACUACCACAUAGAACCGGAAAAUCAUUACAAAAUCAUGGUAUACCAAACAAAACUGUAAUAAUUUUGACUAACUAAAUAGUGCCCUCCCUCCUCGUUUAAAAGAUUAUUUCUGAUUCUAUUCAUUCCUUUGUUGCAUGUAUACAUAUAAUGUACAUUUCUGUAUAGGUCUUACACUUUUUUGUAUGAAUGUGACAGCAUAGUCACUGCCAAUAUUUAGGGUACGUUGAUGACACUAAUAAUAGGGUUAUUCACCAAAGUGAGAACAGUUUUAAUUUAAAGUGAAUUUCAAAUUUAAGGCCAAAGCUGCUCAACAGGAGAAAUUCUCCAAGUCAUCCAUGCUUUCAGUUCAACUACUCUAGUCUUAAAGUUGAAAUUCCCUUUGACUUGCCAGCUAUUCUUAUUUUAGUAAAUAACCCUGUAAGUCAGGGCUCGACAUCCCAGGUUGCCAUGGGGGCAUUCGGCUCAUGUAGAGUUUAGGGGGGAGGCAGGCAGCCCGGCGUUCUAUCUUAUGGAAAGCUGAGAGAAGGAGGCGGGCGGCUGAAUAGUGCUGUCGGCGAGGGAGGGAGCAGUAAUCUUCCUGCUCUGCUCCCUGAAAAACCUGGCUCCUAACCUUUUUUAAAGCUGACUCCUAGAUUCCAAACAAAUUUGUCAAGCCCUGCUGUAAGUGUCUUACACGAACAAGUCUUGUACUUUGGUCAUAUCAAGGAAUCUUGUGCCGCCGGUCUUUCCGAACACAAAGCUGGGGCUAUUUCUGGAUGUCUGACAAGUUUACUGCUGUUUACCAUAGGGCAGCAUUUAAGAAGUGCUGCUUGUUCAUGUUUUAGGGUAUUUAGCUAGGUGCCUCAAUCAUUAGGCAGUGAAGCAGUCUGUGUCUGUAGUUAGCCAAGCUAAGGCUGAGGUUUUGUUCAAGUGACAUUUAGCAUUCAAAUCAGAUUUAAAUUUGUUUGUUAAUUUCUGGUUUUAUAUACAAUUUUCUGUAUUUUUAAUAUAUCUUUAAUCUAAUAUAUAGGUAGGCUAUCUAGGAAGUUGUUUUGUUAUUCUGACUUUUGUAUUAUUAUUUGUUGCUAAGGCAUAGCCCAUAUUACCACUAACACUGCUCAGACAGGGUUAUUUGCUCAAGUGAGAAUUCAAAGGAACUUUCAAAUUUUAGGCAAAAGUAUGAAAUGAAACACAGCUUCCUGAGAAUAUUUUUCCAGUUCAGCUAUUUUGACCUAAAAUUGGAAAUUAACUUUGAAUUCUAACUUUAGUUAAGAAACCGAAGAGAGUUUAAACCGAAACCGAGGUCAAAAUUUAAAAAACACUCCAAGCAACAUAACCAUUGCAGCAUGCUGUAGUGGUUAUGGUGCCAGAAGUACCCUGUUGCCAGAACUGCUUCUGGUCUGAGUUAUAUGGUACAGUGGAAUUUGAAACUUCCAAAUUAUCAUAUCAAUUUUUGCCAAGACGAGACACUUCCACUUCACCAUAUAUAACGUUUGGGAGGUUUGGUGUAGUUUGAACAUAUAACUGACCCAAAACUGGCACCAUAACCAUUAUUUAAGUUGCAGUGUUAUGGUUGCCCUUUUUAAGCAUAAUGCCAUACUGAUGGAGGGAAAUAAAUCCACCUUUGCUUUUCUUUUUUUUUUCUUUUUUUAAUUCCUAGGCACUUCAAGAAAACAUUUAAUAUAUUUCUGGUGUUUAUUCCGGAGUUCAUCUUCAUGGUUUUUAUCUUUGGCUACCUGGUGUUCAUGAUUGUGUACAAGUGGCUUGCAUGGUCUGCAGAGUUCUCCAAGGAUGCUCCCAGUGUACUUCUCCACUUCAUACACAUGUUCAUGUUUGCAACCGAUAAGAAUAAUCUUCCUCUUUAUAAGUCUCAGGUUGGUAUUUUCACAUGGGUAACUGAAGGCUAAAUGUGUCUCUAAAUAGGGAUUUCCGGUAAUGGAUGAAAUGCUUUAUUUUAAACCUCAAACUCUGUAAUCUUCAACAGACCUUUAAUACUUAAGUAAGUAUUAUCUACAGAAACCACCAUUACAAUCUAGGGCAAUUUUUGUCGAUAAAUCAUUUAAAAAGUUUUUCUAACAGAUUGUGAAAAGCUUAUAGAAAAUAAAUAAACUGAAGCAUUAGUAUGUUGUGAAUAUAAUUCUCUUUUAUUUCUGAAGCUCAGCUAUUCUAGUUUUUCUCUCUUUUUUUUUUUUUUUUCACGCAACAAGUAUCGAUACAAACACACACCUUUUUUAUACUGGUAACAUGGCAAAGUCAGGAAAUGUUGAAAUGGGCAGAAACUGUUAUUUUAUCAAACUUGAUAGGACAGUAUUGCGCACUUAAAUUGGUUCUGCAAAAUAUGUAAAGACCCCCGAUGAUGACUUUGCUGCUUGCAGUGUAGUGGCAGAGGAAGAGGUGCAUCUGACUUAUCAUAGCCUGCCGCCGUCGCCAUUUUCUUCUGUGGGAUCCAUCUCAGGCUUUGGCUCUUCAUCUGACAGGGUUGUGCUCUUGUCUAUGCAUAAGAGUACAACACUGAUGUCUAUAGAGGAUACUGUGUGGAGGAGACACUGAGCUGUCCCUAGUAAAGGAUGAGGUCUUGACAAAGCUCAACAGCGGUAGCUCUGCCUUUUGUCAAAUGUAGGAAAAUAUAAGACAGUCCUUACUUGAUAUCCUUUGAUUGAGUUGGGAUUCCAGUGAGUAUUUCGAGGAAUUUAUGGAUUGCAUCACAUGUUUAACCCCUUAAGAACCAAACUUCUGGAAUAAAAGGGAAUCAUGACAUGUCACACAUGUCAUGUGUCCUUAAGGGGUUAAGGUCACAGAAAUCCUAGUGAAUUCAUGAUUCUAAUGGGCAAUGUGUGCUGCUAUCUUAUCAUUUCCAUAAGGACAUUAUAGUGUGUGUGUUUCUUUAAGAUUACUUUUUAGAUGUUGUGCAAAUGUGUAUUUAUGUUAUUGGUUUUCCUACUUUAGAAUGGUUAGGUAAUCUUGCUUGUAUAUUUUAUGCCAUGAAGUCAGGGGAUUUGUAAUGUUCUUUCUGCUGAUGAGCUAAAAUGUAAACAUAUUUUGGGAUAUUGGUUAUUUGCGAAGUGCCCUUUUGAGGUGUUCUUUUCACAAAGUGUCUGAUGUUUCUGUUAAAGUUUCAAUAACAUGCUCUUUGGAAGAAUUGUGUUUGAUGUACCCCCAAGUGCAUAAUGUAUGGUCCUUUUUCAUGAUCAAAUAAUGGUAAUUGGGGCGCUGAAUAGUGGGACAGUGGCACUGCAUCACAUUGUAUUGAUGAAUAUCUGAUAUGCAUUUGUAAUUUCCCUUUACGCAAAAUAUUGCUUGAAUUUAUAGACUAAAUCAAGUGCUUGUUAAGGUUUGAGAAUUUGUACAAAGAUAAAAAGAGAAUGGUUUUCAAAAGAUAUCAAUAAUAUAUAAAUAGUUAUGCUAGUUCUAUGUUUAUUGCUUUAUGAGGGCUUGGAGUAUCUUUUUUGUUUCGAUUGUAUUUUUCUCGUAGUUGCAGUAGGGGAUUUUUUAUUUUUAUUUGUAUGUGACUUUAAUGGUUUAUGAUUUUUCUAUGCUUUCCUUUUAGUUUGGCAUUCAAGUGUUCCUGAUGGUCAUAGUAUUCCUGUGUGUUCCAGUCCUGCUCUUUGGGAAACCCAUGUAUCUCUACUGGCAGCACCAUGGAGGUCAAACAUUUGCCAGUUACAGAGUAGGUGUUAAAGUAGUGGAAAUGCUUGAGCUUCCGUCUGUCUUGCUGGAAUCAUCUUAUACAUGAUCUUUUCUGCAGAAAGGCUACCAAUUGGUGCGUCAUGGAAGUGAGGAGGAGCUAUCUUUGCUUAGGUCUCAUGAUUUGGAAGAAGGAGAGGAUCAUACAAAUAGUGAAAGUCAACAUGAACAAAGCAAAGAGACGGUGAGGUUUGGAGACAAGACUUGUGCUGCCUAUACUUUGGCCAUGUGCAUUUGCCUGGAGCCCAGGAGCUGCAGAUAUAUAUAUUUUUUUAUUUUUUUUUAUUAUCUAAGCUGGGGUUCUUUAUGGCAUAAUACUGCCAUUCUAUAAAGGUUAAUCCAGUUCAGUUCACACAGACAGUGUGUAUAACUUAAAAUCUUGCUUCUUUUCCUUUUAUUUUGUCCCGUUUUCUUUUCCACUUCGUAUUUUCCUUUAAUAAUGUCGUGCUUCUGUAAGCCCCUUUUAUUAAAAUAAUGGCUUGUUUUUGACCAUAUACUUGGCAUGGUCUUCAUUCUCCAAUACAUAUGCAUAUUUUUCUUUAUACCAUUUAUAAAUCAAUAUUUCAAAAUCAAGAGCAUCUCCUUAAGCAAUUUAUAGAGAACACUACUAAAAUUGAACAUAAAUAAUAUAAAGCAAAACAAAAAGAAAACUGAAAAAAAUAUUCUUGUUCCAAGAAGUGGGUGACAAUGGGAAAUAUUACCUGAAAGUUGCUCUCAACAGCAAGGAAGCCAUCCGUUAAAGAAAAAACAGUGCUAAUAGUAGAUAAAGAGAGAGUGAGAGAGAGUGUGUGUGUGUGUGUGUGUGUGUGUUAUAUAUACACUUUUUUUUUUUGGCAUUAGUCCAAAUAGUAGCCCCAUAUAUCUUGGCAAUUUCUUACAGUAGAUACUAAUGUAAUGAUUAAGAGACCCAAUUGCACAAUUAGCUAGAGCUCUUAAAGCUAAAAAUAGAGACUACAUAGAAAUCACCAAUAUAUACUGUAAGCAUAGACCAUGUACAUCUGUCUGCGUCUAUACAACUGGAGAUCAAAGGCUUGUGUUCAAUAGUUUGUUGGAUCUAAAUAGAAAAAUAAAACAGAUCCACAGUACUCAGUGAUAAAAAUAAAUAGAUAAAAAAAAUAUAGUUUACUCAAGAAACUUUAAAACCACUCAUAGAACCAAGAAUAUUAAGUUUGCAUGUCGGUGGUCCUGAUCUGCACCUGCAAACUGACAUAAGACUGUUCUCUUCAUGCUGGCUUUUAGGUGAAGAUGCUGGUUAUAUAGGUGGAGCUCAUGUUACAUACUUUCAAAUGUAUUAGUAAAAAAAUUUUUAAAAAAUCUAAAUUCUGGUUUUAUUAAUUUGCCAUCUUUUCUCUUUAUCCAGGUUUUAAGUGCAUGGACCUUAAAAAAAAAAAAAUAAAAAAAAAAUUGGGCAAUGAAGUGUCCCGAUUUUGUUCCACCAACUUCCCCAAAAUUAAUAUACUGCCUCUAAUUUUAUAUAAAAUCAUAUUUUUAGCAGAUUAAUGCUGUCUUUUAUUGAGAUUCAGUUAUGCCUUUAGUUUUUCACUGUUUCAAAAUAAGUUUUUAACUCUGGAUUAUUUUUUGCAGUUUGAUUUUGCUGAAAUAUUUAUGCACCAGUGCAUCCACACCAUUGAAUAUUGUCUGGGAUGCGUAUCCAAUACUGCUUCCUACCUUCGUCUCUGGGCAUUAAGUUUGGCUCAUGCACGUAAGUGAAUAUUUCUAGGCAAGAAUAUCUUGGCGGGGUAAGCAGGUGGAUGUUCGGGUAGAUAAACUUAGAACAGUGUCGUAGUAUAGCUGAUGGUUUAAAUGAGACCAUUUCAUCAGCCAAUAUGUUGAUAGUAUUGAACACUUUGGACCAGUGGGCUAGCAUCCUCAUGGGAUUUCAUUUCCUGAUUUUUAGAGCUCUCGGAAGUCCUGUGGUCAAUGGUAAUGAGAAUGGGACUGAAGGUGGCUCCCGAUGUUGGCGUCUUCCUACUGAUGCCAGCUGUGGCAGUAUUUGCCACAUUGACAAUAUUUAUCCUUCUUGUCAUGGAAGGCAUCUCUGCAUUCUUGCAUGCCCUCCGAUUGCAUUGGUAAGUGGCUCUGCUUCAAAUUUCAUAUAUAUUUACAAAAGCUUUUUGUUUACUCCUGUUCAUAAGUAUAUUUGAAUCUGUUUUAUCUUUUCUAUGGUUGUUCCAAAAAUAAUUUACUUUUCUUUUUUUCUUUUAACAGGGUGGAAUUUCAAAAAAAGUUCUAUUCUGGAGAUGGAUACAAAUUUACCCCAUUUUCCUUCCAUGACAUGUGCUUAUCCCUUGAAAGAGAGCAUGCUCUGUAGAUUAAGGGGGCACUCACGCACCCAACCUUGGGGUACACUGUUGAGGCACUUUAGUUUGUUUUGGAAAUAGAUUUGUUUAUUUUUUACAAAAUCAAUUAAAAUAUAACUUGGCCAAUGAUAGAAUUACAGACUCUGAAACAUUCCGUUGACGACAUGCAUUAAUUGUACAUCUGUAAUGGAAUUGUUAUAGCACAAAAGUAGAUAUACACACUUUGUGGUCUGGUGGUGUAGUAAGUGAGUUUCAUUCAAGGCAGUAUAGAACUUUCCUAUCGGUUCUAUCUGUUGGUGCACUGUUACCAACAGAAGGUGCAGGCGCUAGUACAUGUUGUCCUUUGUCUCAUGUAGUGUUUGUGAGAGCAGAAGGGAGACUCCUUGGCUUACUAGACCACAAUGCAUGUAUGAUGUUAAAUGGUGUAUAGUAUAUAACUAGUCUAUCACAACUUCAUUACAAAACACGCUCUUUCCCACAAGGAGAAUUUUAAGUAGUCGAUACAAAAAAGACUGUUCAUUCUGACCAUGUUACCUCAUAUGUAAGCUAUACUGGGUUAUUUACUAAAGUGAGAAUUCAGAGUGAUUUCAAACGGAAGUUCAACAUUUCCAUACUGAAAGCAUAGCUGACAGAGUAUGUUUCCAGAUCUGCUAUUUGUACCUUAGAUAUGAAAUUCACUUUAAAUUCUCACUAUAGUGAAUAACCCCGUGUAGUCUUCAAAUUAUCAGUAUUUCCAUAGGCUGAAGAAACACCCUUCUUUCAGUUAUAUAUGUGAGAAUAUUUCUGCGUGUAUUUUGCUUUAAUGUUCUGUAAACCUUUUCUUAACACUGUUUGGGUGACACGUUCUGUUUAAUUUGUACACACUGUGCCAAAUAUCUGUUCACAGUUCUAACAAUUUUAACGGAUUUAAACCUAGAAAUAAUAAGCUACAUCUACUGUGAGCAGCAAUACACAAUGUAUGUAUAAAUUCAUACAAUGUAAACUCAUUUGACUGGCAAAAAUUAAAAUUCCAGCGUUUUGCUUCUAAAUAAAAAGAAACCGUUUUCUU